AUGGACGGCGACCGGACCGAGAGCGACUGGCAGGGGCUGGUGAGCGAGUACCUGGUCUGUAAAAGGAAGCUGGAGAGCAAGAAGGAGGCCCUGCUGAUCCUCUCCAAGGAGCUGGACACCUGCCAGCAGGAGAGGGACCAGUACAAACUCAUGGCCAAUCAGCUGCGGGAGCGCCACCAGGCCCUGAAGAAGAAGUUCCGAGAACUGAUCGAUGGAGAUCCAGCACUUCCCCCUGAGAAACGGAAACAGGCUAAUCUUGCACAGCUCUUAAGAGAUUCUCAGGACCGAAAUAAACAUCUGGGAGAAGAAAUUAAAGAACUUCAGCAAAGGCUUGGAGAAGUCCAGGGUGACAAUAAGCUGCUGAGGAUGACAAUUGCCAAGCAGAGGCUCGGCGACGAGGAAAUUGGUGUGAGGCACUUUGCAGCCCACGAGCGGGAGGACUUGGUUCAGCAGCUGGAACGAGCUAAGGAACAGAUCGAGUCUCUGGAGCAUGACUUGCAGGCCUCCGUCGACGAGCUUCAGGAUGUUAAGGAGGAGCGGGCUUCCUACCAGGCCAAAGUGGACAGGCUGAACCAGGAGCUCAACCACAUCCUGGGUGGACACGAGGACCGUAUCAUCGAUGUGGACGCACUGUGCAUGGAGAACAGAUACCUUCAGGAGAGAUUGAAGCAGCUUCAUGAGGAGGUCAGCCUCCUGAAAUCCAACAUUGCCAAGUACAAGAAUGCUCUCGAGAGACGGAAAAGCUCCAAGGGUCAGGGCAAGUCAAACAGCAGUGCUCUCACUGGGGUUCUGUCUGCAAAGCAAGUUCAAGACCUGCUGUCAGAGGAUCAUGGGUGCAGCCUCCCAGCUACUCCACAGUCCAUCUCUGACCUGAAGUCCCUGGCCACCGCCCUGCUAGAGACAAUUCAUGAGAAAAACAUGGUCCUUCAGCACCAGAGGCAAACCAACCGAAUCCUAGGGAAUCGGGUGGCAGAGCUGGAGAAAAAAUUAAGGACUUUGGAAGUUUCUGGUUUGUGGAGUCUUCCAGGCCUGAGCUACAAUGUUUCGGUCGGAUUUGGGAGGGGAAAGGACACCAUACUGUUCAGUGACCCAACUCUUCCCAGGUCGAGGUCACCAUUGCUGAAGUUUGUGGAGCAGCCCACUGAGAAUCAGGGGACUGCCAAAGAUGGGGAGGUUCAGAAGCAGAGACGUGAUGAAAGUUGUGCAUCUGCCGAGGUGUUGACAGCGCCCGAGGAUGCCAGGAGGCUGCCUGGCAGCUCCCCAGCACAGCCGAGCCCCGGGAACCAGAGCGAGCACUUUCAUCAGCCUUCAGUCCCGGGGUUACCUUCAGAGGAGCAAGAAGUAAACAGGAUGGGCAGGGAAACCAUUCACGUGACUGAGGAGCUGCAGGGGACCAGUGGGGAGGGCCCUGCCAGGGAGCCUGAGCUGUCCCCACCUGGUCUGGCCUCCCACAGGGGCCAACCCAGGUCUCCUGCGGACCCCUUGCCGCCUACUCAGGCAGCAGCUGGAGCUCCCGCCGGGGAGGACAGCAAAGCGAUCCCGCAGGAUGGAGACACGGGGAACGCUUUGCAGACAUGAAGGGAGCUGGGUACGUACGACGGGACAAGGUGGCAUGUGGAAGGCUCCAGGACCCUGAGGAGAAAGAGAGGCAGCAGAACAAGCAUCCCAGCCACGUCCUCCUCCAACACCUCCAUGUCUGCAAAUGAGAAAAUGCUCUGAUCCGGCGGCGGCAAGCUGUGCGCGCGCUCAGAUGCUGCCAGUUCUGUCGGAUUUAUUCAGUGCGGGUCCCUGAGUUUCUAGGUGUCACCGCUUUCCGCCGAGGACGUGCUGCCGUGAACAAGGCCAGGCUCGGGGAUCGCAGCUGCCAUGUGGCUGCUUUUCUACAUCCGUCUUUUGUCAGCAUUUGUUUUAUUAGAGAUGAGAUGUUUUCUAUUCUCCUGUAAUAUUGUCCGCCAUCGUGGCAGGGACAGCUGGGACAGGAAGUGCUUCGGCAGCUGGAGAGAACGAUGUAUUGGAAUGGAAUGUGUUCAUGGGAUGCCAGGAUCCCCAACAGUGGGCUCUCUUGACACCAUGCUGGUGGCACUGCUGGUCACAGUGGCCUGGGGGGGGAACAGCUGGGGGGGGGGCAGAGACAAGAGAGAAGAUGGCCUGUGAGUCUGCAAUGUCUAGUGCCCUGGAGGCUGUGUGCUAACUGCACAGCCCAGUGUUCGAGCCUGGACCUAGAGGGGUUCACUGGUGUAGCAGGAUGGGAGUCAGGCUGUAGCGAAAAGAGACUCCAUUCAUGUUCUGCUUUUUUUCCCCCUGGGCUAUAUAUAGGAAACGUGACUAAUGUGAGUUUGGAAAUAAAGCUAAUUGCUUGGGGUCAGGCUGUUUCCUGUACCACCUGAAACCUUGAGUCCUUUCCCUCCUACAACAGAAUGUCACCUCUAUGCCACCAGAUAACUGGAGUUUUAACAAAACACGGAAUUUGUGGCCUGAUGGGAGAGGAGAAAUGAAACAAGAUGAAGAUGACUUCCUUACAGCCAUGGCAGGAACUGUAAACCAAAUGCAUGGUCCAAGGGGAGAGGAGGGUGUGGUCUAGUGAAGAUAAGCCUCUCUAGGUGGCUUCCGGCCCUGCAGAAAAGUGCAGGGCCAUCGAGCCACAGACCUUCCUUUUAGCUGGACCUCCCCAGGAGGGUCUGAGUCCUAAAGCUCAGAUGGCCUCUGAGAACUUGUCUUGGAGACCCCUACAGGAAAGAGGCUUUCCCUGGAAGGGGUUGCCGACUUAUCCUGACACCCAUGUCAGUACGCUGGGGCUCCUAGAGAUAGGAACACAUCUCUGACCACAGGGACCCAUUGUGCCAGUCUGUCUUCUGCCCCCUCAGGCCACCCCAUAACGUCCACUAGAAAUAGCUUUCUGUUGGACGGACAUGUGCGGCCAUUAUCCAACACCACUGCAUCAGACACUAGAGCCUCCAAGUGAAACCAGCCUGUACCACACAGUAAGAAAUGACAACAUUACCACCACCCUCCAGGAGCUUUGCUUUGGGCACACAGCUGGCAGGGGCAUAUCGUCAGGGCCUGUUUGUCACCUUUUGGAGAGCAAGGCAUCGAGCAAAGCCCAGAACAUAGCAGAGAAAGGAGGACUAUUAGAUGGACUGAGAACUUAUGGACUGAUGCUGCCACAGGCGUAACCAUGACAACACCCCAUUCCUGUAUGUGGUAGUGUCCCACCUCCACUGUGCCCAUCCAAUAUGGUUCUUCUGUUUUGCAGACAUUAAAGAGAGUUCCAGCCUUUG